AGGCGCCUGUGCUUCUACCUUUUUCUACGGAUCUUCCUCUCCCAUCUUCGACGAUACCGCACCACCCCGCAGUCUCCUGACCCGUCCAACGUCACGCAGGAUUGCUUUCGACAUCCUCUUCGACGAGACACCGCUUUUCUAGUUUCGAAUUGGGAACUGUUGUUGCAUCUUCAACCCCUUCCGCUUUUCGAAUUUCUUCACAAUGGCCGACGCCGCUACCACUCCUGCUGCUCCGGCGCAGACCACCCGCCCUACCAGACCCGAUGAGGCUCUCUUUAAGAAGGAGUUGAUCCAGGCUGAGAAGGAUCACAAAGAAUCCAUGGAUAAAUUGGCCGCCAUUAAGUCCAGAAUUGAAGUUGCUAUGCCUAACAAGAACAAGGAUGAGCCUAACCCUACCCAGAAGCGCCGCCAGGAGCUCAUCACCCAGGUCAACGAGAUUCGCCAGAAGCAGGCCGGUGGUAAGACCGCCCGUACUUCCAAGAUGGACCAGAUUAAGCGCCUUGAUGAGCAGGUCCGAUCUCGCAUUGCCGAGCAAAAGACUGCCAAGGCCAAGGUUCCCUUCAAGUCCGUUGAGGAACUCGACAACCAGAUUGCUGCCCUUGAUAAGCAGGUCAACACCGGCACCAUGAAGCUUGUUGAUGAGAAGAAGGCCCUCACCGAUAUUUCUAACCUACGUAAGAUCCGCAAGAACUUUGGCCAAUUUGAUGACUCCCAGAAGGCCAUUGACGAGCUCCGCGCCAAGAUUAAGGAAAUUAAGGACAGCAUGGAAGACCCUGAGCACAAGGCCCUCUCUGACCAAUACAACAAGCUCCAGGCUGAAUUGGAUAAGAUUAAGGCUGAGCAGGACGAAGCUUACAAGGGACUCUCUGGUCUCCGUGAUGAGCGCGCCAAGCUCCAGGCUGCCCAGCAGGAGAAGUUCAGCGCCAUCCGCAAGCUCAAGGACGACUACUACACCCAGAAGAAGGCCUACCAGGCUUACGAACGCGAGGCCCGUGAGAAACAAAACGAGCGCCGCAGAGCUGAGCGUAACCGUUAUGUUAUGGAGAAGAAGAAGGCCGAUGCUGAGCGCAUCUUAGCUGAAGCUAGCGACCCUGCUUACCUCGAGGAGAUCCGCCGCGCCAACGGUCUUCUUCAGUUCCUCGACCCUACCCACAAGGAGGAGAAGGGUCCUCUGAUGGCUGCCAGCGGCCUCACUGCCCAGGCCCAGCGCACUGUUGAUGAUGCUGACCUCAAGGGUACCAAGCUUGUCCGCAAGGAGGACCGCGAUGACGAGUACUUUUCUGCUGCCAAGAAGGGCAAGAAGGGAAAGAAGAACAACUCUGCUGCCGCUGCUUCCAAGGCUUUCAAUUGCCCCCCGUCUGUUGUUGAAGACUGCGCUGCUAUGGGCAUUGACCCUCCCAUGGGCCCUGACGACGUCCCCAGUGUCAUUGAAAAGGUCAAGGCUAAGCUCGACCACUGGAAGUCUGACCAGGCUGCCCAGACCCAGCGUAACAUUGAUGCCGCCAAGAAGACCAUCGCCGAUCUUGAGAAGGCUUCUCCUAGCGGCGAGGAUGGUGCUGAUGAGGCUGCUUCUGAGCUUAAGAAGGCUUCCCUUGAGGAUAAGCAGGAUGCUUAGAAAGCCUUGCCUCUAGAACUGCCACUUGAACAGAGGAACGACUGUCGUGACACUGCCGCCCACACCACCUUGUCCUUACAACCUCCCACCACUCUUUCUUCAUAGCACGAACAGUCCGACUCUGAUUAUCCCGCUCCCUCCAAAACUGGUUUGGACACAGACUAUGCCUUGGCAGCUUUUGAAGGGAAGCUAAAAAUGGAGCUUUGAAAAGUAUUCAAUUAGUAAAACGGGCCGGAUAUACUACGCUCAUACAAAAUACACAUUAUAUAGGAGCAUAAAAUAAACACUGAAUUAUUGAAUUGC